AUGUGGACUGCAGGGCUCGGUGCUUUGCGCGCGACGGCGGCGCUUGCGCGCCGCACGGUGGCGCACAAAAUUGCUGUACCCAUUGCUCCGCGCGCAACGUACACGACGGUGCCGGCGGUGCGCCUCGGGAACCUGGCGCCUGCACAGCGCAAGAAAAGCCGCAAACGCCUUGGGCGCGGUGAUAGCUCCGAACGCGGUGGUACAUCUACACGGGGAAAUAAGGGGCAAAAAGCGCGCGCUGGGAAUGGAAAGCCCAAGCCAGGGUUCGAAGGUGGACAGACGCCAUUGAUACGUCUUAUCCCGAAACGCGGCUUUGUCAAUAGCCAUGCACAAGACUUUGUGCCAUUGAACGUGGAUCGUCUGCAGUACUGGAUCGAUCAGGGGCGCCUGGACGCCGAGCGACCCAUCACGAUACGCGAGUUGUACGAUACACGGUGCAUUCACCGACUCGGCGACGGUGUGAAAUUACUCGGGGACGGACGCCGUCAUUUGGUCAACCCUGUCCAGCUGGUCGUAUCGCGCGCUUCGCAGUCCGCCAUCAGGGCUGUCGAAGACGCGGGUGGAUCGAUCGUUUGUCGCUACUAUAACGCUACAAGCCUUCGCGCGCUCACGAAACCCCAAAAAUGGCUUCUAAAGAACAAGCCGCUUCCCCACUUUGCUGAUCCUAUCUCAAAGCGCGAGCUCCUCUGGUACUCCUCGAUCAAUAACCGCGGCUACCUCGCGGUCCGCGCGCGGCAAGCCGAGACGUAG